AGGGGGCACGGACGCCAGGAAACAAGACCAAACGAAGUUGUCGUACAAAAAUGACAACUGUUUGUUGAUAACGACUACAAAAUGUGAAAUCGAAUGAUGACAUUUUCCUGUAGAGAUUCAAGUAAACAAAAUGGAAUCAUUUGUAGGAUUAUUUGAUCCUGAAACGCAGGAUGAGGGAGUGGCAUCUUCUCUGUCUCCUCUACCAGUAUGUUUACCACCAGAAGCUGCCGAAGGAAAUAUUGAAUAUAAGUUGAAAUUAGUCAAUCCCUCUAAAAGUCGGUUUGAACAUCUGGUUACGCAAAUGAAAUGGAGAUUAAGAGAAGGUCAAGGGGAAGCUAUUUAUGAAAUUGGUGUAGAAGAUGGAGGGAUGCUGGUUGGUUUAACUUCAAAGGAAAUGGCUGCAUCUUUACAUACUCUUUAUUUAAUGGCAGAAAAACUUGGAGCAACUCUUACCGUAUUAAGAGAACGAACGGUAUCUGUUAAUUUAAAUGAAGAACCCAGGAAAGCUGCUGAGGUGUUAGUACGAAAAGUGCCGGACGAUCAGCAGACUAUAGAACUCCGUGUUGCCGUAUUAGGGAAUAUGGAUGUUGGAAAAAGUACACUUCUGGGCGUUCUGACUCAGGGUGAACCCGAUAAUGGGCAUGGUAGUGCCAGAUUAAAUUUGUUUCGCCAUCUCCAUGAAAUUCAAAGUGGUCGUACAUCUAGCAUCAGUCGUGAAAUUCUUGGAUUUAAUUCUCAUGGUUCACCAGUGACUUACGGUCUCUGCCGAACUGCUGAAGAAAUCUGCGAAACCUCAUCAAAAUUAAUAACAUUCAUUGAUCUGGCUGGCCAUCACAAAUAUCUUCGAACAACUGUUUUUGGAUUAACUGGCCACUCUCCUCAUUUUGCAAUGUUAGUAGUAAGUGCUGUCUGCGGAGUAGUAGGAACGACGAGGGAGCACUUGGGCUUGGCAAUGGCGUUGGAAGUUCCUAUUGUAGUCGUCGUCAACAAAAUAGAUUUAGCUAGUCCUGCUGCCUUACAGUCUACGUUGAAUCAAUUGCACAGGGUUCUUAAAGGACCAGGUUGUAAAAAGGUACCAUUACAAGUAUCUUCUGAAGAUGAUGCAAUAACUGCUGCAAGUAUUUUAGUAUCUGAGAGCAUUGCUCCUAUAUUCACUGUAUCUUGUGUGACUGGAGAUAAUUUGGAAUUACUGUAUACUUUCUUAAACGUUUUGCCACCAAGUAUAAGCCAUAAGGAAAGGGAGCGACUCAUGCAGUUACCUUCUGAAUUUCAGAUCGACGAGACCUUCAGGGUGCCGGAAGUGGGAAUAGUAGUGGGAGGAUUACUGACCAAAGGAAUGAUUCGCGAAGGAGACCAGUACCUGGUGGGCCCCGCCGACGACGGAAGCUUCUAUCCCGUCAGGGUCAGUUCCCUCCACCGACACAAGGUGCCCUGCCGGGUGGUCAGGGCCUGCGAGAGCGCCACCCUGGCCCUGAGUAAUCCCGAAACCAUAACGCUCCGUCGAGGCAUGGUUCUGACCACCAAAGAUUCGCUUCCACCCAUCUGCGUGUAUUUCCAGGCGCGAAUCCACGUGCUCUUUCAUUCCACCAUGAUAUAUUCGGGCUUUCAAGCCACCGUGCACAUAGGAAACGUGCGCCAGACCGCCACCGUCAUAGCCAUUAUGGGCAAGCAAGGAAUAGCAACCAACGAAACGGCAUCCGUGAUGUUUAAAUUCAUGAAACAACCGGAAUGCGUUCAUCCCGGUUCCAGGCUGUUAUUUCGCGAAGGUCACACCAAGGGCAUAGGUCGGGUCACUCAGGUUUUCGCUUUCGAUGACGGCAAACCUCUGCGCGAGGAAAGAGUGUCUUAAACGGAGCACGCCACACCAUCUCUUACUCGGUAUACAGUAUACAUAAAUAUAUAUAUAUAUAAUACGUUUUAACAAUGUCUACACGUUGAACAAAUUUCGUUUCGCCCUCUACUCCCUGUUAAUUUGGAUUUUAUCACGCUUUUAAACCGUGUACAGUUAGUUGGAUGAAUUUCCUACCUGUAUAUAUUUAUUUUUAGUAUCCGAAUUUGUAAUGAGGGUGCCCAUCGACGAUCGCACCUUGUUUACGUUCUUCGAAACCAAAAUUAUGUAAAUAACUAUAUAUAUAUACACACACACACACACUUCUAUUGUUUUAUAAAAUUCGUCGUCAUAGAGCUAUAUAAAUGUGAUUACCGUCUUUCUUUUUAAAUUAAAGAAAUGUUGAAUUAAAA